AUGUAUAUUUUUGUUCUUUCUCUCAUUAUCUUUGUUUUCGCAGCGAAUCCGAAUAAAUGUAGUUCGCUGAGUGGGCCCAAAGCUUACAGGUGUAUUCAGCAUCUCAAUGAAAUUCGAGAACUCGCCUAUUCAAUUGAUAUUUACGAUAAAGAAAGCAGUUCCAAAAUCAACAAACCCUGUGCUGAAUUCCAAAAGUGUUCCGAACCAUUAAAGUGUGGAGUUGAAGAUGGAGUCGUGAAAGUGAUCGACAAAAUGACCGCUUAUUGUGAUGCAGUAAUCUUCCAUCAAUCUAAAGAAUUUGACGACUGUGAUGAAAAGUUAACUGAAAAGAAUUCCACGUGUGUACAAGAAUGGGACCCAUUUCCGGACCCGGUUCCAGAUACAAAGAAGACAGAAGAGAUGCAAAAAGAAGCUUGUCAGAAUUUCUUUGGAAAAGAUAUGUGCUUAGAAAAGGAAAUUACGGAGUAUUGUGGAGUCCUCAUGUGGCAUGAUUUCAAGAAGCAUUACCUGGCUUUGAACAAGGUAAAUGAAGCGUGCGAUUUUAAUGAAUACGGAAGCACCAAAGCCAUGGAAGAUUAA